UGUGGAUUCCAUAAUAUUUAUAAGCGAGCGCCGCAAUCAAUGGAUAAUUUAGUAGUCAGUGAGUGCUCAAGUCGCGUUGUCGAUUUUCAAACAGUGCGUAGUGUAUAGUGACACGAAAAUUCGCCGGUGCAAUACGAGUGAUAGUAAAGCAAAAUCUAUUUCAUCAUUCCCCUACGGCCAAGUGCAACCAAGUGAAGUACAAGUAAAUCAGCAUGUCUCAUUACGUGAUCGACAUACGUUCGGAUACGGUAAGUGUACCGACAGCGGAAAUGCGCCAAGCCAUGUUUGAAGCUGUCGUGGGUGACGACGUUUACGGUGAGGACCCGACAAUACUCGCAUUGGAAGAGAAGGCGGCUAAGUUGUUCGAAAAGGAGGCGGGUCUGUUUGUGCCCAGUGGCACUAUGGGCAAUUUAUUGGCUUGUAUGGUACACUGUCAUCGGCGUGGCACGGAAGCAAUUGUGGGUGAUUUAUCUCAUGUAUACCUCUAUGAGCAAGGUGGCGCUGCUCACAUCGCCGGCAUACAAUUAGCCACGCUACCGAAUAAAGCGGACGGCACAUUUUGCCUGGAAGCGUUGCGUCGCAAGGUGCGCUUGGAGGACGAUCACGAGCCAAUUACGUCGCUUGUAGUCGUCGAGAACACUCAUAAUAUAUGCGGUGGCAAGGUGAUUCCGCUGGAGUGGCUCGAUAAACUGGCGGCGCUGGUGAACGGUGACAAACAGCUACAGCCCUACGGCCAGCGUAUUGCGCUGCACAUGGAUGGGGCGCGUGUUUUCAAUGCGGCGGCGGCGUUGGGGGUCCCUGUGGCGCGUAUUGCGCGCGAUUUCGAUUCGGUUAAUUUCUGCUUGAGCAAAGGGCUGUCGGCGCCGGUGGGUUCGGUGCUGGUGGGAUCAAAGGCUUUCAUUAGGCAAGCUCGUCGCCUGCGCAAAGCUCUCGGAGGUGGCAUGCGUCAAGCGGGUGUGCUGGCUGCAGCCGGCAUUGUGGCGCUGGAUACCAUUGUGCCUCGUCUGCGGGAGGAUCAUCAGAGGAUCCGACGCAUAGCGGAAGCGAUUCACAACACCAAAAGUGCCAAUGUCACUGUCGAUUUGGCGACCGUACAAACGAACAUUUUGCUUAUUCAUCUGCCGAAUCCGAAAUUCGGCGCCAAUGCGUUCGCGCAGCGCUGCGGCGAAGUGACGGCCGAGGAGCUUGCCGCCGGCGUUCAUGCCGCACACAAGGAGCAGGGCAUUCAGCUGAAAGUGAGCUCACGCGAUUGGGAAUUCGCUCGAAUUGUGUUGUAUCAUCAGAUCAGCGAUGCGGAUGUCGAUUUGGUAAUCAAGAAAUUCAAUUAUAUUAUACGUGAUGUCGACGCUCGAUUGGCGCAAUAAAUGCCAUGUGACAUAAGGCGAAAUAAAACAGUUAUUUGAGUUUUUAUUAAACCUUGUAAAUAA